AUGGGUUUGACUCAAAGCACAGACGCCCACCUAUCCGCUCUUUCCGACUCACUUUCCACUGAGCGCUUCAAAAUGGCGGCCGCUUCAUCCAUCCAGCCGCCGAGCGUACACGGGAUAAAGCGGGACAAUUCACCUCACCCGGAGUCCGACAGCCCCGUGAGCCGACAUGAGGAGGACGCAGCAUCCGAGGGGACCACCAUCCUCAGAGACCUACCGGAGCUCGAGCCCGAGGAGAUCGAGAAGCGGCUGGAGAAAACUCGCAGAGAGCUGAGCAACAGGAGGAAGAUCCUUAUUAAGAACCUGCCACAGGACACAACCAACCAGGAGGUCCAUGAAAUUCUGCACGAGUAUGAGCUGAAAUACUGUUUUGUGGACCGAAACAAAGGAACAGCUUUCGUAACCCUUCUAAAUGGUGACCAAGCACAGGAUGCCAUCCGAACUCUACACCAGACAUCAGUCCGAGGCCGGGACAUCAACGUCCAGCUUCAGCCCACAGACUCUCUCCUGUGUGUCACCAAUCUGCCCUACACUGUCACUGCCGCACAGUUUCAGGAGCUGGUGCGAUCCUACGGCAACAUCGAACGCUGUUUCCUGGUGUACAGUGACCUUACGGGCCACUCCAAAGGCUACGGCUUUGUGGAGUACAUGAAGAAGGACUCGGCCUCCAGGGCACGAUCUGAACUCUUGGGCAAGCCAAUGGGCGACCGUGUUUUAAUGGUGCAGUGGGCCGACGUCAACCAACUGACCUCUGCUGACCACCUCCACUCCAAGUGCCUAUGCGUGAAUCGACUGCCGCUGGACUUUGAAGACUCGGAGGAGCUGGCUCACAUUUUUUCAGAGAGCUACAAACCCGUCUUCUGCCAGUUGGCUCAGGAUGAGGGAAGUCCGGUCCGGGGUUUUGCUGUGGUGGAGUAUGAAACAGCAGAGCAGGCUGAAGCGGUGCUGCUGGAGAUGGACAGACAGCUGAUCCAGGGUCAGGAGAUCCGUCUGUCUCUGUGUCCUCCAGGAACCUCUGGACGCAGCACACUCGCCGCCCUCAUCGCUGCUCAGGGAGUGAUGCUGAGCAAUAAGAAAGGUUUGCUGCCAGAACCCAAUCUGGCCCAGUUCCUCAACAGUAUGACCAAUCCCGCUGCUCUCCAGGUCCUCAUGAGACCCUACCCCACCGCCAAACGAGGAGGGAAGUUUGGUCGACCUCACAAUCUUCCUUUCCUGCGUCCUCCAUUGACUGCAGCACUGCUACAGUUAGGAAAAGCACAGCAGAGUGCCAUUCUAGGAAACGGCCUUGUUCUCCAGAAUCUUCUUCACAUGCAGAUGGCUCAACAACAGCUCUUACAGAUCAAAGACAAGCAGAUCUCUAAUGUGCCGGGUCUUUUAGGUGACCCCUCCCGGCUGCUCCUGCAGAAAGUUCUGGGUCUACGAAAUCCGGCGACGGCUCCUUUGGGAAAGGGCUUGCUGGGAGAUUCCCCCACAGAGUUGGGACAAGACUCUUCUCUAGUCACAUCUCAUGGUGUCAACUCUGGGAUGGUGUCACAUUUACCGGGACAUUCCCUCGCUGAGCAGAAUGGAGUCGCAUUGACGUGCCUGGCUCCAGAGAAACAGCCUGCUCCGCCAGGAACCACAGGGGGAUCUCUAAGCUCCCAGACACAGCUGCAAAACUUCCUUCCUGGGAUUAACACUUCAAGUCUUGGAUCUUUGCUGGGGAGCGCAGCGCACAAAACUCCAGCCAAUCAUCACAGCGCAAGUGUGCAGACUAGUACUUCCGUUACGAGUCAGUCCGGCUGUCAGACGUCUCUGCUGGGAGACCCUCCUAAAGAAGUGAAGUUGCCUUCCAACCCUUAUCUAAACCUGGCUAGUGUGCUUCCUGGAGUGGUACUACAAGCUCCCUGUAACAGUAAACCUCAGACGGUGCAGGCUCACCCAGGGACGUACAGCGCGGUCCUGCCACCCGCCACCCAAACACACGCUCAAUAUAACGCGGAGAGCGCUCCUGCAGAAUACACUCAGCAGUACAAUCAGCAAUAUACACAGGAGGCCAUGCAGCAGUGGUACCAACACUACCAAGCACAGAACUACGGCAACAAUGGUCAAGAUACGGCAGCAGUUACUGACUGCACGAAAGAGCAACCUCAGGUGGUGGUCACCUCCUCAUACGGAGACUACAGUUCCUACAUGCACGCUGUCAGUCAGUACUAUUCUCAGACGCAGAUGAACCAGACAGCUGCUCAAGUCUACCAGCACCGAGAUGUCAGCAAGGAGGUGGAGGUGGUGAAGACCCCCUUGAGUGCUCCUCUGCACACCUCUCUGAAUGGCAGCACUCAGACCUUGUUGCCCACCUACAGUGCCCUUCCCAUCAUGCCCGGCUUCAUCGCACCGACACACACACAUGCGGCCAGCCCUGCCGCGCACACACCUGCUGCACCCGCAGCUACCGACUGGAACAACUACUAUUAUAGUCAGGCUAGAGGGCAGAAGCGAGAAUACCCCACGCUGCCUACGCAGGAAGUGACAUCCGAGGGGCCGUACGUAGGCCAGCACUCGCAGGGUCUCGGAGGCCAGUACGCCGACUACUUCAAGAAGAAGAGAAUCUAACUCGAAACUCGCUCGCUGUACGUCGCCAUUGUUGUCGUGUCCAGGCCUUAACUUGUAGUCUAUAACUGAUAUUUAUGAAAAGAUUGUACAUUUGAUUGUGCGUAUAUGGAGGGUUAUUCUCCGUCUUGAAGCGUAUGUGGAUCUGUUGUUGUUUCUGUCCCACACCAGGCAGGACCUCUCUAGCUUCUGUCCCAAAUGACGCGAUAAUUGAUAUUUUCUGUUUUGCCUUUUUAUGAACCAUUCCACUCUAGAGGGGCGGGGGGGGGGUUCUGUGUUCGUGUUUUACUGUACAAACGGUUAAGGGCUGAUAAAGAUAGAGCUUCACUCAGAGAAAUAACCAUUUCCACAAAAAAAAAAAAGAAUAAUACUACUACUACUAAUAAUUUUCCCUGACAAGAGUAGGGCUUAGCCAGUGUACAUUGUAUAUUCUGGGAAAUGAGUGUAUUUUUUACGCUGUACAGACAUUAUGAGAAUAUUCCGAAUAUUGCGUCUUGCUUUACCGUGUGAUUGUUUAUCUCGAUGAUGGAUCGCACAUACUCGUCCCUGUACAUACUGCUGUAUCUGUAGGAAAGAUCAGCCAUUCUGAAUACUGCAGGAGCCUUAAAACAUGGCGCUCGGAGAAGACAUGGCUACGGCAAUAACCUCUUCCUUCUCUGGAGAAACUAACAUCACUGCGCACUUCAAGGUGACUUUUUCCCCCUCCCAGGUGUCGGUGGGGUGACUUUCCCCAAAACUUUCAGCUACAAUGCUGCCAGUGGUUUGUUGCUAACAACAGUAAGAGUAAUAAUAAUACAUUACUAUAGUAGUAAUAAUCAGUUGCUGGAUUGUCGUCAGGGGGCGAAGUGGUUAUGUAUAGGAUAAAGCCCUGACGCACACACCGACAUGGUAAUAAUCAAACAUAAUGCCUUUAUAUGGAUAUUAGUGCUCUGCUGUUUUGCGGUUUAAUCUCUUUAAUUGAGAGAAUCUGUAUCCUUUUGUGAUUUUUACACUGCAAAAAAUCCAGUUUUUAUCUAUAUCAGUCUUCAUUUGCUGCUAAGAUAUGCUUUAUUAAUGAUACAAAUACUGAUGUAUGAAUAUGAGCGCGUUUAUAUUGCUGCAUGGCAGAUUUGUUUAAUCUUUUUCCAUCUAUUUGUCUGAAGGCAAGUGUCAGAAAUGUUCCACUGGAAGUCUUAAAGGAGCAGUUCAUCACUUUCCCCAAUCACUUUUAAAGUAAAAGGGCUAGAAACUAAUUUUAUUUUAUUCUUUUGUCAAAAAAAGUUCUUUUUUUAAUCUCGUUUUAGACAGUUUGUUUGAUUUUCAUCAAAACUGACAUGCAAUAUUGUUCAAAAUAAUAGCAGUACUAUGUGGCUAACCAGAAUAAUCCAGGCUUUUAGUAUAUUUUUAUUGCGACAUGGCAAACAAGUUAUCAGUAGGUGCAGUAGAUGCUCAGAACACAAACAAGACUCAGCAUUGAAUAUUUGCAUGCUCUUAAGGCUGUGUAAUUGGGCGAUUAGUUGAAAAGGGUGUAUUAACAAAAAUAGCAGUGUCUGCCGUUGACUGUACAAACUCUAAAUUAUUAUGUACAAACGUUUUUGUUUCUAGGAUUUAGCAAUCUUGUGAAUCACUAAACUAAUAUUUAGUUGUUUGACCACCGAUUUUUAUGGGGGGGGGGGGAUACGCAACCACCACCAGUGUGCAGCAUCUACCUGGAUGACGCGAUGGCAGCCAUAUUGCGCUAGACCGCACUCCACACACCAACUGAUUGACUGAUGAAGCCAAUUGUGAUAUGAGGAUGGUUAGGAGGCCAUGAUGGACACAGACCAGUGGGUAAAUUUGGCCAGGAAGCCUUUUUCAAAGAACAUCCUAGGAUUUUUAAUGACCACAGAGAGUCAGGACCUCGCUGAUCUGACUCACUGAGCAGUACAGAGUCCCUAUCAAUAUACUGGAGCAUUAGGACCCACACAAACCGCAAGUUGAGCGCCCCCUGCUGGUUUCACUAACACCACUUCCGACAGCAACCUAGCCUUCCCAUGUGAUCUCCCGUCCAGGUACUGACCGGGCGCAGCUUCAGUGGGCGACCAUGUGACAGUUGCAGAGAGCUAGCUGCCAGCUAUUCUUUUGAACAAUAGUGUACGUCAUCUACAAAUGAAUGAUGAAAAUUCUUGAAUAAGCUAAUUCAUUUGUCAGAGCUGAUUGGUCAAAGGUGAUGAAUCAUUACUAAUGAUUGAUUUUUUUUUUCAGCUAUUUUGAGUCAAAUCCUCUUAAACUGUGUUUAGUUACACGUUGUUUGAUCAUCAUCGCUAUGCUUUGCUCAUUGAGUCCCUCUUGUUCUUGUUCUCAAUAGUUGCAGCUAGAUUUUAAAUGAGCUUUUAUUUAGCUUUUCCAGAUUUCAGAAUGCAUUUAUCAUUUUAAUUAGCAUUUCCCUUCAGUUUUUAUUUUAGUUAAAAAUUUAGCUGAAUUAUUUGGUAGUUCACUCAUUUUAUUGGUUUUCAUCACAUCAUCCUUUCUUACUGCAAUUAAAGAUUUUUCAGUUUUGAAUUGUUCACACAAAACAACAAGAGAUUUAGUAAUAAAAACAAUCCCUCUUUCCCCACAUCGAGCUUUUAAGUUUAAGUGAAGUUUCAUACACUAAUUUCGAGAGGAGCACGUGAUAUGAUUGAGCACGUCUGGCCACUCAUCUGUAAUCAGUAAUAAUCCAAUCAGAGUGAUCCUGGUUUACUAUAAAUGGAUCAUUUUUUCCCUACUGUUCUAUCUUCGUUAAGCAGAAUCCCCCCUUCCACCCCAUCUCCUCCUUUUCCUCCCUUUUCUAAAGGGGGAGCUCUCGAGACCUACCUGAUCUCGAUCUCCUGAUAUGCUUAUCGACCGGGCGGGAGCCCUGGGCUCAAAUAUCUCCGAGCUCAGGGUUCUCUCCUGGGACAACAUGCUAAACCUGCUUUAUACGCCAAGCAUAUCUAAGUGGGAACUCUUGAAAGCGUGUUUAAAUACUAUUAGUGGCAGAUAAUAUAGUGAUGAAGAACUGGAUUUUUUGCAGUGCGCUGUGCAGUCUGCCAGCAGAUUGUCUUAUAAGGAGCUGUCGUUUGGCUUUGCUAGGCGUUUGCCUAGCGUGUUCAUCCGUUUAUGAUUAAGGCUGUGUGCCUUCUCUUUUUUCGACGCUUUUGAAGUGAUUGUCUCUUGGUUAUUCUCUCUCUGAAAGCCAUUCUCUCACCUCCACAACAGACUGACAAUACAUUUGAGGAGGAGCUUCUCUUAUUGCCUGCUAUUUGUGUUCUGACAAGUAUAAAGACAAUCCCAAAUUUACUUCAGUACCUGAGGCGCCGCGUCCCACUUUCAGCACAAAACCACCAUUUAUAAACACAGAGGCCUUUUUCUUUUCGAGGGAACACUGAGAUGUUAAACGUGAGCAUUUUUACUUUACAUACAUAUAUAUAUUCUGUUUUUGUGCUCAAGUUCAGUUUGACCUGCACUGGUUAUUUCUAAAUGAUCAGUUCUGAGAUGACAUUCUACAGGGAUUAUAUAAAGCACAUGUACUUCUGUUCACCUUCCCACGAGUCUCCUCUCUCUCCCGUUCCUCAACUGCUCCAAAUCGAGGCAACUUUUGACUCUUUUUACCUUGAAAAGAGAGGAUAGAUGACUGUGUUAUUUUCUUGUAAAACUACAUAAUGAAACUUUCAAAUGUGUUACUACAGAAUGGUGAAGGAUGGGAAACUGCCUAUUUGUGUUUAUAACCUGAGAUUUUCUUUGCUGACGCUCAGCAACACUGGUGUUUCCCUUGUAUUUUAAGUUAAGACUGUAAUGUAUCUUCAGUCAUCGCGAGGUCACUUUUUCCCCCACUGAAUGUCAUGAACGUGUAUGUGUGCGCGCUUGUAUCUCGAAGCUUUGCAAUACUGAAGUGUCUCUUAAUGAUGUAGAAGAUACAGUCGCCUGUUCAAACACGCAGGGUUAUCAACACAGUUGUGCUUUGUACACAUUUCGCCGCCUGUUUGUUUGUUUUUUUAAGUUUACAAGGUUGUAGUUUCUUUUUUUCACCUUGAAUUAAGAUUUUGCAAUAUUUUAUAAUCCAAACUCUAUUGAUAUUGCUUUACUGUGAAUAAGCUAUUUUUAGAAACAGUGGAAUUUAAGCAUGCGUAUACUCCUGCAAUACAAGAAAAAAAAUGUUGGUAUUUUUUUUUAGUAGAUGUUUUAACGCUUCUGAGUAUUUAACGACAAAAAAAAUGAUAAUUGUAUUUAUUUUAUGUGUAUUUAUGUACAUUUUUACCCUGUUGGGUACGAUUCUGUUGUCUUUCUUUUUGAUGAAAAUAAGUUUGGGUUUAAUUUUGAGCAGACGGAAUUGUUUUGCAUUCCACAUUAAAGGACA